AGCCAACCGUUUGCCCCACCAGUGCAGCUCUGGAAUUCGAACAUCGUCAUCUGUCACCACUUCGAGACGAACCCCCUUGACUGCCACAAUUGUUGGCGCCAGCACAGCCAUGGCGACCGACACGUCAGCCGGGUUCCCCUGCGCGCUAACCCUCGACGUCCCCUUCCCCGAUGCGCGCCUCGCCUCGGUCGCUCUCCAGGCUCUCAGAGUAGACAAGGAGCUAUCGUCACUAGUGAAGCGUGAUCUCUCGGCCGUCGCCACCGAGGGGUCAUCAGAUCCGACCGUUCUCCGAAUCGAAUACAAAGCCGCGACCAACCGCAUGCUGCGCGUCGCUGUCAACUCAUUCCUCGAUAGUCUUGCUUUGGUGUUGGAGGUUCAAGAGGAGCUGGACGUGGAUGUGGUAGAGGCCGGGCGGGCGCAGGAGAAGAGUGGUUGAAUGCGAGGGGGACAGACGGCAAAAGAAAAAACACACGGAGCCCAGCCUCAAUCAUUAAGCCUAGGAACUUGACAGAGCCUUUAGACCCUCCAUAAAAAUGGCGUCAGUCGCAUAGCUCUGCAAAGGCAUGGGAGAAGUAAGCGGAAGGCACGCUCAAAAAGGGCAGCAUCGCUAAACGCGUGCCCAUCACGAUGGAGGACCGGGAAACGAAGAUUUGCUUGCUGUUAAACGGGUAUCAUGAUUCAAAGCCUGCACCCCACAGCUAGACAGACCAUCCAGCAGACGUUCCGGUUGCAUACCGGUUACAAC